CCUGCUGUUGAAACAGCAGAGGAAGCUAAGGAACCAGCAGAAGCAGACAUCAAUGAACUCUGUAAAGACAUGUUCAACAAAAUGGCCACAUAUUUAACAGGUGAACUGACAGCCACCAGUGAAGACUACAAACUCUUGGAAAACAUGAAUAAGCUGACUAGCUUGAAGUACCUAGAAAUGAAAGAGAUUGCUAUAAACAUCAGUAGAAAUCUGAAGGAUUUAAAUCAAAAAUAUGCUGCUCUUCAGCCGUACCUGGAACAAAUCAACCUAAUUGAGGAACAGGUUGCAGCUCUGGAGCAGGCAGCUUAUAAAUUGGAUGCAUAUUCCAAAAAACUUGAAGCCAAGUACAAAAAACUGGAGAAACGAUGAAAUUACAACAGCCUUUGAGUUGGAGUUGGGCUAUGAGUCAGACUGAUUUCUGUUUACGUUGCACAACAGCAGUUCUGUAUGUUGAAAGGAUUUGGUUACAACUAACAUCAAGACUGGUAACUUUUUCUGUCUAUUGAAUACAGUAGGCUGUAUUCAGGCUUAAGGCUAAAUAGUAGUUUCCUCUUCUCAAGAGGUUCUGUUGCCUCAGUUGUUCUGCAGUGAAAAGUAGAAGACUGUCCCUAACCUAUAUGUUGAUACUGGCUAUCUGUGUCCUGUGUCCCACAUGAAACACUGUAUCUAGGAAAAGCCCUCUAUAACCUAUAAAGACAUUUUCCUUUAGUAGCAGCAGGACCUAAGCGUCAUUUUUUCCUUCACUGAGCCCUGCGUCGAGAAGAUACCCAGCCCUUUGGAGUUACGAGUGUGGUACUGAGAACACUUCAUUUUGAUACCUGCUUUUAUCUGUUUGAAAAAGAGAGACUAAUUAUUAUAAAUUUGCAAUAAAACAACUUGCUGCAUUUGUCUCUAUGGAAUCUCAAAUUCCUGUUGGAAAGAUUAUGUAAGUUGCCUUUUUAUUUUUUCAAAGGGUCUCUUAAUAAAAACAAACUGUUUCCAGCUACUGGACAUCAUAGAAGAGAACGUGUUU